GAGUCGGCCAUUAUCACGUGACUUUCAGUGCCCCUUACCUGUGGCUGUAUUAACCGAACACAGUCUCUGUCGUGUCGUUCGGGUUGGAAGAUUUCUGCACCGUUCGAGGAAAAAAAUUGUGCCCGGUCGUGUGUAGUACGAUGUAUUCGGUGUUAGCGGUCGCCUGCGUGCCUCCAGCAGACAUCGGUAUUGUCUUCCUCGUUCUCAAAAGUAGGGCCAACGCCAGAUAAAACUAUAGGAUGCUUCCAGAGUUCGUGGCGAAGGCGACGGCGGCUGCGGCGAUCUUGAUCGUCGCUCUGACAGCGGCUUUGGACGCCUCCGAAAAAGACUCCUGCUUUUGCCAGCUACAAGGCAAAGUUGACGACUGCCUGUGCAACAUUGACACCAUUGACCAGUUCAACAACUACAAGAUCUACCCCAUCCUCAAGAGUUUAUUGCAGAAAGAUUACUUCAGGUUCUUUAAGGUUAACCUGAAGCACCCCUGCCCAUUCUGGGCAGACGACGGUCGCUGCACCCUCCGUGACUGCUCAGUCAAGACGUGCAGUGAGGACAGCAUUCCUCAGAGUCUCAAAGGCCAUCAUCAUGACAAAUACUUACCUAAUGGGAGUGUUUCAAAGUACUCAAAGGAGGCGCAAUCGCAGGACAGCUGCGACGAAAACCAUGACGGCCUUGGAGUCGUGGACAACACCAUUAGUGACGAAACUUACCAGGAAUUCGAACGGUGGCAGAAGCACGACGACUCCCAGGAUAACUUCUGCGAAAUGGAUGACGAGAGGUCGGCGGGCAUGGAGUAUGUCGACCUGAGCCUGAACCCCGAGAGAUACACGGGCUACGCCGGGGCGUCCGCUCACCGCAUCUGGAGGAGCAUCUACCAAGAGAACUGCUUCAAACCUAAUGUGGGGUACGGUCCAUACACCACGUCAAAGAAUUUGAACGCCAUGUGCCUGGAGAAGCGCGCCUUCUACCGGGCCGUCUCCGGCCUCCACACGAGCAUCAAUAUCCACCUGUGCGCCCAGUACCUGAGCCGGGAGGGGGUCCUGGGCCAGGCGGUGUGGGGCCCCAACCCCGAGGAGUUUGAGCGCCGGUUCGGGCCCCAGCCCACGGGCGGGGAGGGCCCCCAGUGGCUGCGCAACCUGUACUUCGUGUACCUGCUCGAGCUGGGCGCCCUGGCCAGGGCCUCUCCCUACCUGCUCCAGGAGACCUUCUACACCAGCAAGGAGGACGACGAGGUUCGCACCGCCGUCAGGGCGCUGCUGGACGCCGCCAGGGAGUUCCCGCACCAUUUCAAUGACAGCGCCAUGUUCAGUGGACGAAAGGAUGCCAUCGAGCUCAAGGAGGAGUUCAAGGCGCACUUCAGGAACAUCUCUCGAAUCAUGGACUGCGUCGGGUGCGACAAGUGUCGCCUGUGGGGAAAGCUCCAGGUCCAGGGUUUGGGCACGGCUUUCAAGAUUUUAUUCACGGACAACCUGAGGCAACCCGAAGCAAGCCGGCGCUUCCAGCUGACUCGCUCUGAGAUCGUCUCGUUGUUCAACGCCUUUGGAAGAUUAUCUAAUAGUGUAUAUCAGCUGGAAAACUUUCACAAGAUGCUAUCCUGAUGCAGACAUGUUGGAAGAGACCGAUCGAAGACGCGGCGCAGUGCCGUCCGCAAUCUCGUCUAGCGUCGAGUGUGGGGCGACGUGUGCUUGUGAUAAGACUACAGCUUCAACGUGAACAACGGCGUCGUACUGUGCUUACGUGUUUACACCACGGAGGUCGGCCAAGGACUUCAUCAUUUUAUUGUUCCCUCCCCAACUCACAGGCCACUUGUACAGACUAGCAGUGUCCUUUUUAAACUUACGACUGAUCGACGUUUGCUGUAGUUGUGAACUGUUUUGUGCAAUAUUAAAGUACUUUACGUGUUGA